CACCGUCAGUCAUCUGACAAAACUUCAAAUUUCAAAACAUAUUAUUGUCAAAUCCUUAUACAUGAUAAUAUUCUAUUUAUUUUAAACAAUAAGAAUUUAGAUCAGUGUAUAAUUUUAAACCAUAUAAAAUGCGUCGUCGCGCGGGUGUGGGUGCUAUUCAAAAACAGAGACUGGAACAAGAAAAGUACAGAGAAAAGGGCUCUGAAAUCCAAGAGAAUCAAUUUCAACAAAUGUCAAAACAAUUAGAGGUUUUUAGGGAAAAUCUCGAGGAAUUCGCUACUAAACAUAAGAGUGAAAUAAAAAAGAAUGCUCAGUUUAGAAGACAGUUCCAAGAAAUGUGCGCUGCGAUUGGAGUUGAUCCUUUGGCUUCGGGAAAAGGAUUUUGGUCAGUUUUAGGUAUCGGAGAUUUCUACUAUGAGUUGGGGGUGCAAAUUGUAGAAGUGUGCUUAGCUACAAAUUACAAAAAUGGUGGUCUCAUAAUAUUAGAAGAAUUGAGGACUCGGCUUAUAGCAGCUAGAGGAAAAGCAAAAAAGCAUCAGGACAUUACCAAUGAGGAUUUAUUGGCUGCUGUUAAGAAACUUAGAAUAUUUGGAAAUGGGUUUACAGUAGUGCCAAUUGGUAAAGGGAAAUGGCUGGUCCAGUCAGUACCAGGAGAGUUGAACUUAGAUCAGACACUAGUACUCCAAAAGGCUAGCACAUUAGGCACUGCCUGGGUAUCUACAAGCAUUCUUACUGGUGAUCUAGGGUGGAAUGAGACAAGAGCCCAAAAUGCACUCAACCAUAUGGUCAAAGAAGGUCUCGCUUGGAUAGACACUCAAGAUGCAAAAGAAACUCUUUACUGGUUCCCCAGCAUGUUUGCUGAAUGUGUGUCUGCUUCGUGAGGUGAU